UUUCCUUCAAGGCCAUACCAUGACCCGAAAUGGCACGCAGUUCUUCAGCCUCGCCACAGAUAUCGUCAACGCUACGUCAGGAUCGUCCAGAAACACAAACUGGUCUCGAAAGUCGCCCAGCUCGUGUGCGCACAGCCAAAGCGUGUCGUUUCUGCAACGCAAAGCGCGUGAAGUGCGAUGCCAGUGAACGUGGAACUCCUUGUACCCGCUGUGAGCAGAGAGGAGAGCCCAAUUGUACAUUGAUUCAGUCUCGCAGAGGUAUCUAUGUUCGGAAGCCACGACAGCAGCAGGUCCGCACUCGUGGCGUAGUAGCCGAGUCAAGCGGUGCUCCUGCCAACGAAGAUCGUGUAAAUGCAGGGGAUCCUCCGGUAGCACAGAAUUCAAAUGUGCAAACCUCAACUCCUGCACUAGGAAUUCAAUCUGCUCGGUCCUCCACCGCGCCGGCUAGUGUGCAACCGCAGCACGACACACCGUCCGGAGCUACCGACGUCAGUACUGAUUCGAGACAACAUGAUGCCAGCUGGUCGACAAUGUUCGAAGGUGUGCUCAAUCGUCAUGACCAGAGAGCAGCAGUGGACAAACGUACGAUCGCUUAUGUCGGAGAAGCUUUCCCGCUUAACAUCAUCCUUGAUGGGGCGAGGGGUGGCACUGGCCGGCCAGUACUUCAUCAUUCUGGGCCGACUCAUACACCUGCUACAACCCAUGCCCCAUCUCAAGCAGCUCAUCCUACUGAAAUACCACCAGAAGAGAUCUCAUACCUUGAAGCUAAGCAAGCAUUCACAGCACCUCCUGAUGCGAUACUGGACGUGCUUAUCACUGUUUUCAUGGAACGGGUCUUCCCAUUGUACCCGGUCAUCAAUCCAAGAGAGUUCUUAGAACAUCAGAAAUCAGGGACGCUCCCGUGGAUGUUGCUGCACUCGGUGUGCUUCAUGGCUGCCACCUUUUGUCCACUGCGGACUUUGCAUCAAGCUGGAUUUCAGGACAGGAAACAAGCCCGUUAUCGAUUCUACAGUAAAGCUAAGGCGCUUUUCGACGUAGGAUAUGAAAGCAGCAAGAUUGUCACGCUACAAGCAACGAUUCUAUUGAGUUUUUGGGGAGGCAGUCCUAACAAUCAUUGGAACUUCUAUACUUGGAUAUCUACAGGUGUCACGGUCGCCGAAACCAUUGGCUGCCAUCGAUCCAUGACCGGGCUCAACAUUGCACCUCAGGACCGAAGCCUUCUCAAGCGUCUGUGGUGGACGCUCCUAGUUAGAGACGCUACGUGUGCAUCCAUGCAUGGACGGCCAUUCAGAAUCAACCUCGAGCACUGCGAUGUCGAUGAACUUACGAUGGAGGAUUUUGAGUAUGAGGGCUCGUUCUCCUCUGAUCAUCUUUCACAAGCAACCUUCCGCCUUUCAGGCUUGUACCAAGUCCAGGUCGUCAAGCUAGCUCUCUUGCUUCGACAGAUUGUCACAAUUCGCUUCUAUCCACGUAGUCAGACUGGAGACACAACUUCAUUACUGCAGCAGUUGUUGCUGCACUGGCGAAAUGGACUUCCAGCCUCCCUUCAGUGGGCAGACAAUGAUAUCACGCAUGUUGACGUUUUCCGGACGACACUACGUAUACUGUAUAACCACAACGUCAUUUUGUCGCACAUCAAGCCAGAAUCUGUAACAGAUAGCAAAAAUCCACACUCACCCUCUUCAUGGCUGGGAGACGAGGUGGCGAGUCUCUCCGCGCAACAGACAGCUUCCCUUGCAUGUUCCAUGGUCACUGCAUCCGAAGAGCUUGUACCUCCACAUGAACUAUUUCACGGUCUGUUCAUGGCAUGUGUCGUCUUCUUCGUUCAGUCAAGGAGCAGCGAUUCAAUGACAGCAAGUCUGGGUAGGUUCGCUCUUACCAACUGCAAGAUGGCUUUACAUGCACAUCGCGAAACUUGGGAUGCCAGCUCUUGGAUCACGCAACUAUUCGAUAAGGCACUUGCUCAUCCAGUCAGGAGACUGGAUGCAGCUCACAGCGAUCCCACGCCGAAUGCACAGACUACGUUCAACAACUUAGACGUCCUCGAAACAAGUGGCUUGUUUUUGGAUGGCAUGGAAGGAUGGCCGAAUCAUCUUUUCCUUGGAGAUCUAUUUGGUACCUCGGUUGACAACACGGCUUUUGUCCCCCCCUUGUCGGACUUUCCCCAGAACUUCACCACGCAGUUGCCCUAAGACAAGACUAAAAGGGGAAGGCUCGGAUUGUCUC